UCUGACCACAGGGGGGCAGCACAUGUAAACACAUGUAAUCUUACACAACCCAUUACCAAACGCACAAUGCAGGUUCUAUAAGUCUUCCCAGCCCUGUUGUUACUGAUACUGUCCGGGUGAUUCUGUCUCAUUGAAGGAGGGGGCUGUUACAUCAUAACAACAAUGAAGUCCAUUGCCUGUAUCUCGUCGUCAGUCAGAGCUGCGUGUCACUACACCCCAGCUUGUUUAAGUCGGGGUUUAAUCCAUGCCAGCCCAACGGGCAGAUGCAUGAACGUGGACUUUCCUUGCAAAACCGUAAUAGCACAGCAGCCGUGCGUGACCGGUGUGCGCCCUUUCCACAGUACACAAGACAGGUGGGCAGUGGCCCAGCAGGUAAGCAACAAUCCCCUGCCCAACCCUCUGCCAAUGCCAGAGAAAAAAGAGAAUGAACUGAUUGUUUAUCAGUUUGGGAGACGGCUGUCAUCUAAACCAGCAGCGAGGCCUCGGAACUCCAGGCCACCCCAGCACCUUUCUCCAUACACCCCGUACACCAAGCCACAGGGCGCAUCAGAGGACUCAGAAGUCAACAUCCGGAGUGUGUUUGAGGGGGAUGUCAUCCCUGAGCUGUGCUCCAGGCUGGCAGAUGCCCCCAGUGAUGACAGAGCGGAGGGUCUGGCCACUUUGCUUGGAGUGUGUGUUGAGUUUGGCGUGGAGGCUCACAGCCCCGUUGUCUCCAGACUGAGGGACGAGUGCCUGUCGCACCUGGCCAAGAAGGACACUGGGGUGGCACCGCUCUGCCACCUGGGCGAGACAGCUUACGCCCUGGAAGGCUGCCAAUCGACCAUAGUGACAGAGGUCAUUGACUCCAUUGGGGCUUCAGUAGAAGAGGAUGUGCUGACCCCCAGUGAGGCUGCCAGGGUCUACUCCCUCCUGGCUCUGUGUUGCGACCCCACCAGCCAGCAGCACACAUUCAUGCUGUCCACUCUGCACAGUCACACAGAGAGGCUGGUCCACCGGCUGAGAGCCAGUCACAUCAGUGACAUCCUGCAGUCCCUGGUCAAGUUACAGCAGAGUCAGGCCAUUUCUCUGGUGCUGAGGCUGAGCCACAGGGCUUCACGUAUCUUCAAGGCCUUCAGAGACGAUGAAGUAAUCAAGCUGCUGUCCUCGCUAAUGAUCCUGGGACAUCAUGAUGAAGAGCUGCUGGCUGCUAUGGAGAAACACCUGCCAGGGAGGCUGGGGGAGUGUGAUCCAGAGUUGACAAGCACUGUUAUGGAGUACUGCCUGCAGAUGAGGUGCCGCUCAGAGCCCAUCUUCGAGGCCGUGGCCGAGGGCUUUGUGUGCCACGCCGAGAAGCAUAGCACCCCUCAGAUUGCCAAGCAGAUUGUCGCCAUGGGAAGACUCAACUACCUGCCAAAGUGCUCCAGUCUGAUGUUUAAGAAGCUGGAGAGUGUUUUGUCGUCAAGGUUUUCCCAGUUUCAGCCUCGGUCACUGAUAGAGGUGCUGCAUGCCUGCAUCCACCUGGAGCGCUUCCCAAUCAACUACAUGUCCAAAGUCUUCAGUCCAUACUUCCUACAGAGGCUGCAAGCCCAGGGGGAGCCACUGGACAAGAACGCAUUAGGACAGCUGACACAGCUCAAUCUCUCCACCUCGCUGGAAUGCGCUUCCUACAAGGGUCCCAGGCUGCCUUACUAUCUCCAUGUGAAGAGGUUCUCCUCAGUGGACCAGGCGUUUGAGACGCCCAUGGAGAGUUACUUGUACAAACGGGUCAGAGGACCACUGACGAAUCUGCUGGGGGGACAGUUUUACUCCACAAGGGUGUUCACUGUGAGCGGGUACACUAUAGACGUGGAGUUGUGCCUGGACGAGGAAGGAUUUGUUCUGCCUCUGUCUCAGUGGGAUCACACUUACAGAAGGAUGGCACUGUGUUUGGAUGGUCAAAACCGUUUCUGCAGCAACACCCAACAUUUACUGGGGAAGGAAGCUACAAAGAGAAGACACCUCCGCAGGAUGGGCUAUGAGGUGGUGCAGAUCCCUUACUUUGAAUUUGAAAAACUAAGAACUCAGGAGGAGCGGAUCCAGUAUCUUCACAACAAGAUCUUUCCUACCAUCUUCAAGUUCAGUCACUAAUCUUCAUAUCAGGCAGCUUGGGUGGGUUAGCCAUGUGUUUAGUAUUAUGUCCAUACAGGAUGAGGAAGUCGUCAUGGGAGAAAAUGGACAAAAAAAAUCUUCAGCCUUAGCCACAUGUUCUGCUUUGACGUUUGUAUAAUAGAUGUUAAUCCCACCGGCCAAUUUGUGUAUAAAAAUGCACGGCUCAAAGGCAGGAGGCAGAUCUACAAGUGCAGAUCUGAAGUGAAAAUGAAAAAUCAGGUAACAAAACCUGCAGCAUUCAAGCUUCUUUAUGACCUCAGGAGACUCUUAGUGAAGACUGUCCACAAGUAAAUAUGACUGAUGGCCUGACAGCUUUGAGCAGUCCAGUGCUAUAACGUAUCAUAGUUUUGUGUGAUUUGGUGUUCAUAUGAACAGCUCUGAAGGUGAUUUCAACAGCUACAAGAUCAGUCAAGAUUUUUGUAUCUGAAGUGACACCAUCUAGUCUGGUAAGUUAUAUAAAUUAAGUGUAUAAGUGACAUGUAAAUUGAUUUAAAGUAAUUCUAUGAUCGUACAUACAAAGGCAAACCCAUUACCAGGUUGGAAAUAGUGCCUUGUGUGAUUCUUUUUAUUUAAUGAACUGUGUUCAAAGCUCAAAAGUAAAUAACAUUGAUGGAUGGUUUCACAUAGAUCUCGUUUUUAACAAUGUGUCAUAUUUUCAUGGCUGUCUUUACAAGGACUAUGAUUAUUAUAAACCAACUUCAGUUUUACUGCUGAAAUACUAUUGGACCCUGGCCAUUUGUGUGAUUGUAUAAAUCUAACUGACACCUUACUAGCUGCAUGCACUCAGUGCUUUAUCAGCGGCCAUACUCUGAGUGACUGUCGUUUUCAAGAGUUCACAGCCUCUGGUGGUAAAUGGUUUUAAAUAUUUUUGAGGGGGCUGGUGCUCAAGCCACAAAGGGUUGACAUUCUAAUUUGCAGUGGACAGCAAAUACCUGAACUGGUAGCUUAUACCUCAGCUGGGAAAACAGGACACAUUGUAGAUCAAGGCCUCAGGUUUUUAUCUGACUGAGAAAGUAAUGUACUGUAUCUUAUGUGCAAUAGGUAAUUUAAUUUUAAGUUCAAAUGCUUGAUUGUAAUGUAUAAUGGUAAUUGUGAAUAAAGUCUGUCAAAAUAUCUGAA